AUGAAGACGCCAUCGAAGCACGCUGUGCAGUCACUGGUGAAGAUAAAUCGAAAGCGCUACGAAGCGAAUGUGGAGGAGGUUACGGAGGACCGAAUUGUUGAAGAGUUGAAUAAGAUCGUGGGUAACGUCAUGAAUGACGCGAUCCUCGGCGUCGAUUCGAUUUCCAACCCUGAGUUGAAGGUGAACUUGAAGGAACGGGAUGUGUGA